GCCCCUUAGAAGGAGAAUUUUUAAAGUUCUGGUACAGCAUGUGUAUACAUUGUAUCACUGGGCUUGGCUGAGGCUGGAGCAUCUCUAGGCACCCAUCGUUUACAAUAAUGAAGCCACUUCAUGCAUUUCUCUUUUUGGCAAUAUAUGCCUCAUGGGUCAUAUGCAAGCCCACCCAAGAAAAGAAGGGUCGGGUCCACCACAACAAAGACCUGAGUGACCACCAGCAUGACGACUCCAAGGACUUCCAGUAUGACCACGAGGCCUUUCUGGGCAAAGAGGAAUCCAAAACAUUUGAUCAGCUGACCCCAGAAGAAAGUAAAGAGAGGCUGGGGAGAAUCGUCGAAAAGAUUGACAAAGAUAAAGACAGCUUUGUCACUCACGCAGAGCUGAGGGAUUGGAUUACGCACACUCAGAACCGAUACAUUUAUGAAAAUGUUAACAAGCACUAUGCUGACUAUGAUCAGAACAAAGACGAUAACAUUUCCUGGGAAGAGUACAAAAAAGUCACUUACGGUUACGCAGCAGGAGAAGAGGAAUUUUAUGAUAUUCAAGAUAAGGACACAUACCGGAAGAUGAUGAAACGCGACGAGCGACGAUUCAAACACGCAGAUAAAGACGGUGACAUGAUUGCCACCCGGGAAGAAUUCACGGCUUUCUUACACCCAGAGGAGUUUGACUACAUGAAAGAUUUAGUUGUCACGGAAACACUGGAGGACAUAGAUAAAAAUGGAGAUGGCAUUGUGGAUGUGAAUGAGUAUAUAAGUGACAUGUACAGUGCUGAUGGUGAUGAACCAGAGCCAGACUGGGUGAAAUCAGAGCGCAAACAGUUUCUGGAUUUCCGUGACUUGAAUAAAGAUGGAAAGAUGGACCGCACUGAAAUUAGCCAGUGGAUCCUUCCACACGACUAUGACCACUCUGAUAUAGAAGCCAAACAUCUUAUAUACGAAUCCGACAAAGACAGGGAUGAAAAACUGACGAAAGCAGAAAUCUUAGACAACUGGAACAUGUUCGUUGGCAGCCAGGCAACCAACUAUGGGGAAGACCUCACCAGGCGGCACGAUGAAUUCUGAUGGACUCCAUUAUCUGCGCUCUUACACAUCAGCACAUUGUUGGUGCUUUAACGUUGGGAUUCCUCUCUGGAACCUCACCAAGAUGGGGACCGUGUCUCUAAUUAUUCAUCUGUCUUUUUUUUUUUUUUUUUUACAAAUGCAAUUUUUUUUUUCUUUAUUAUAAAGAAUUGUGAAACACUU